AUGAUCGGAAUAACGAUCAUCACGGGAUUUUUAGGGGCAGGGAAAACUACCCUCCUUAAAAAUUUACUUAAUGAAAGUUUAAAAAAGAAAUUAAAAAUUGCAAUAAUACACAAUGAAUUUACAGAAAAUAAUAAUAAUAUUGAUAAAAUUGUUUUCAAAGAUAUAAAUGAUAUAUAUAAUUUUCCAAAAUCAUUUGAAAACAAAAAAAAAACGGCAUCUAAUGUAGAUGAUACAAUUGAAAGUUUAAAAAUUGUAGACCAAAUUGAAAGUAAAGAUGGAUUUAUAUACGAACUAAAUAAUGGCUGUUUAUGUUGUUCAAAUAAAAGUAAUUUUGUUAAAUUAAUAGAAAUGAUUUUGGAAAAAAAAACAACAUAUGAUUUUAUUUUUGUUGAAGUUGCGGGAGUUUAUGAUAAUGUAGAAAUAAAUAACUUAUUAUGGAUAGAUCAAUUAAAUAAAUCGAAAAUAUAUUUGGAUAGUAUAAUUCACAUAAUUGAUUCAUACAAUUUCAUGAGAUAUACUAAUAGCAAUAUAGAAUAUUAUGACAAUUUGAAAACAAGUUCAAUACAAACAGAUCAACCCCAAAAUAUGACGCCACAAACAAAUGACAAUCAAACAUUUACUAACAAUAAUUUAGAAUCAAUUAAAAAUAAUGAUAUAGACAAUUCUGAUUGUAAACAACUAAUUGUGUGUGAUGUUAUUAUAAUUAAUAAAAUAGACAAAAUAAAUGAUAAAGAAAAAGAAGAUAUUAAAAAGUUUGUUGAAAAUAUUAAUCCAUUAAGUGUAAUACAUAUGACAAGCUAUUCAAAUAUCCCAAUUGAAUCAAUAACUAAUUUAAAAUGUUAUGAACAAAAUAAUUUUAAAGGUGCUCUAAUAAGUAUUUCUAAUAAUAAUAAUGCUAAACACAAAAAUGGGGUAUAUCACUAUAACAAUUUUAUAAAUUUCUCAAUCCAGUUUCAACAUGAUAUAUCUUAUAUAACUUAUUUAAGCAAAACUUUAAAUGAUUUAAAACAAAAGUUUAUAAAUACAAAAGAUUCAGAUAUUUUAAAAAAUAUUAUUUCUUUAAAAAAAAAAAAUAUUUUUUCCUAUAAAAAAAUAAAUCAUUUAUUAGCAUCCCUUUUGUGGAAUACAGAAAUGCACAUCUAUAGAGGGAAAGGAAUAUUUAUCGCAUUUAAUGAUGAUAUAUAUACAAAUAAAAAUAAACUUAAAUUGAACAUUUACUAUUAUCAAAGUGUUGGUGAAUUAUAUGAAAUCAACACAGUCAUGACAGAUAUACAUUCUUUUUUUCAAAAUUAUUUUGAUAAUUCACAAAAAGUAACCAACACUCCUAAUCCCUCAAAUGGUAGUUCAUCAUUCGAUGUGAUAACUAAUGAAGAAAAUGACAUAAAUAGUAAAAACAAUUUAUGUAUUUCUGAAAAUUCGGCAGACGUUGAGGAUUAUCUGUCUUGUGACUCCUCUGAUACUAACAAUUCCGAAUAUAACAUAUUUAAUGUUUUGAACGAUUCAAAUGUUUUUGAGUCGAACUUUUUAUUUAUAGGUAAACAUAUAAAUAUAGAAAGUUUAAAAAUCCAAUUAACCGAAUGCCUUAUUAAUACUUAA